AUGGUAGUCGUUUAUGCUGAUGUGAUGACUAAAAUAGAUAAACCCGACAAAGCUUCGAAUCGAAAUAUUCUUCGAAUUAGAUUCAAAAGCUUUAUUUCAAAUGACAUAAAGCCCAUUUAUGCCAAAUACUGCCUAAAUGAAAAUGAAAAGUGUGAAGUUAGGUGGGAUGUUGCCCACUUUAGACGACGAGAUUUUGAUCCAGCAUUGAAUUGUCGAUUAGCAAGCAUUAAGGAUAAUGACUAUGUGACGCCGAUAUUCAAUUCAAAGAGCAAUGUUCUUCAAGAUCUUUACGGCGAGUUUUACAUUGCAGAGUUAGUAGCUGCCCAAAAUGACGAAAUGAAAGCCUUUGUCUUAGAGUCUAGCGAUAGCUCCAAGGCAGUCGGAUUUAUGAGUGUGACCACAAAUUUUGAUUGUGAAUGUCUGAAUCGUCAAUAUGAUUUGCAGGCAUUUAAUUGCCUACUAAAAGAAGUUGAUGAAGAAAAACUGGAACAUAAAGCACUUCAAGAACUUCAGGAUCAAAAAGAGGGAAAUUGGGUACAUAGACAUUUAGAAGGGCGUUUCGGUACUGAUUUUACGCCCAAGAUGUCAGAAAUUGCAUCCUUUCCUGAAAACAAUAAUGCAGUUGCAAUUCAACUGUACGGUCUGCUUCCUAAAUAUGAUCAUCGAUCUAGGGAUUUCCUGGUGUUUAUGUUCGACCAAUUUCCUGAAAUUGAUUAUGCUGUUAUAUCAGUGCCACGUUUGGAACCGGAAACUUCAUUGUUGCAGGAGUUCUGUAGAGUGAAACCGCGGAUUACAACUACUGUUACUCAAGAAUUAUACGUGUAUCAUCGUGCAAACUUGAUCAGCGACUUUAAAGUGCGUUUGGCCACCAGAAGGGAUCUUAAUGAGAUUUUGGAAUUGGCUCAAUCAAUGCAUCACUUUGAUCAAAAUCUGUUUAAGGAUAAUAUAAAAAAAUAUAUGGAAAUGGCGAGCGAACAGGAUGGAACGGCGUUAUUUUGUUAUGUGACAACUUGCUUAGACAAAGUGGUAGGAGUUCUGUUCGCUCGUGCUGAGAGAAAUAUAAACUGGCUGAGGGCGAAUUACGAUCUGGAAGACUACAUCUACUUUAUGCAACAUGGAAGUUUGGAAUUUGCCACCAUUAUACAUUUUCUCCUCUCUUCCAAUGCUCAAUCUCGAGCCAAGCUGUUCAUUCGAGAAGUGAUGCGGCAAGCAGGAAAAUCGUGCUUCUUCUAUUACGUCUAUCCACCGUGGUCAACUGACACUAGAUUAAAAAUGAAUACGCCUCUUUCCUGCUUGGCGGAUUUCUUCCCCGUACGACCGCGUCAACAAAUAAUUUAUCCAGCCGAAUUGCUCAAUAGCGAAAAGGCUCCCCAGAGCAGUUCACUCACUUGCGAGCUAGAUAAUCCCCCGCCUGCGGUCUAUCUGAUUACUAGAAAUCUCUUAAUGGAACCCAAAAUCGUUGUUAAUGCCAGAAUUAUCGUUGUUGGUGCUUCCUCAACAGGUCUCGCGUUCCUAGAGCAGCUGGCCUUUUCGCGCCACAUCCGAUUCAAUAAUCUCGUGUUAUUGUCUCCUCAUGGCCUUCCUGAAGAUACAGAAAGCCCUGAAAACUCCCUGAUUUCCCUUUUCUAUCCAGAAAGAUUCAAACAAGACCGUCGUCGAUUAGGUCAACUCUCUUUGCGUACGAUAAUGCACGUAAUUUUGGGCACACUAACAGCAAUCAAUAGAAAAAGGAAAGUGAUUACAAUCGAUGAUAAGCAAGAAAUUUCCUACGACUUUAUGAUUCUCACUCCUGGACUGCAAUACCAUCCGUCUAUUCCAAUCGGCAUUGACACCGAUUACUCGGCUUUGAGGCGUCAAAUUGACAACUGUGAUCGUAUCUUAAUCACCACCAAGCACAAGGCUGCCAACCUCUUCUUGCUAAACGACAAGAACAGUGCACUCGAAGCCAUAAACUAUGUGCAGAAGCACCUCAUUCCAAAUGAUGUGGAUCAACAAGGAGCAUUCCAAGACGAGGCGCUUCAAACCAAUGCUCUUCUAGAAGAUCCUGAUUCAGAUAACAAUUUCAAAUUUAAACCAGAGAAUGGUCCAAUAAUCGUGUAUGGAAAUUGUCUAGAUGCCUAUGUCUGUGUGAACGGUCUACUUCAAAUGGGUGUUCCUGGUUUCCGUAUUAUUUUGUUGCAUCCAGUCGUGGAAAUAGAUUCUCUUGAUGCAGAAGAUGAUGUCUUCAAUGUUACGUCAAAUCCGUUUGAGGACAUAACGGUAGAAUCAGCUGUUCAUAAGGAAAUUGAACGUCGAGGAGUGCGUGUUUUUAAGAAUUGCCGUCUACUUUGUUGGAAUAAUGACCCAACUGCCUUGUAUGUUGAUGAAAUUGAAAGUGCGACUUUCCUUUUCGAUGGAAUCGAGAAACGGGUUCAAUGUGUGUCCUUGUCUUUAGAGCUGGACACCGAAUCAGGUGGGUCUUCUCCAUUUCCUCCUGUAGGUUACAUAGAGGGCAUGUGUUUUGCCAAGCAAUCGUGUCCGGUACGUAGUCUAAACUCAGCAACGGCUUCGAUUCUUGGCCAGUCGGGUAUGUCGGAGAGUGCCACUGUCCACUGUUUCUCCUUUGUUCGAGCUUUGAGUUCGUUGAACCUUGAGGUCUGGAAUUCUCUCCCGAUUAAGGCCUUCAUUGUGUGGAAAGACAUCGGCCGGUCCAUGCAUUGCAAAAUCGUUGUCCCCUUCUUAGCAAGUGCUUUCUUCCCAUUCACGGACAAGAAAAUCGACUACGACUUCUUUAAGGCUGUCAAUGAUGCAUGUUUGGUAUUUGACAAGCGUCUGGUCAUUGACGACAACUUCCGCACCAGUGAUCCCUGCAUCCGAGCUGCUGGACCGGCCACAAAAUAUCCCAGAAUUUUGUACAAUGACAAGUUCACGCAUAGCUUAUUUAACAGCCUCGAAAUCGGUGAGAAGUUAGGAGAAUCCUUCCUUAAAGAAUUCGAUCCCAGUACUGAGAGACCUAGAGAACCCCUUAAGGAUGAAUCUCAUCUCCUACCACAAUUCAAGAUGCCCCGCCUUGUCCAUGCCAAACUUCCAGGAGAUUAUAACUAUUUGCAUAUCUGGCCUCCUGGAUACAAACGGAACUACCUUCUAAGACUGAUUGGUCCCGACUUAAGGAACACUCUGGUUACUGGAGGUCCAGAUCAAGAAUUUGACUAUUUCCACAUUCAUAUUAACGACCUCAAACGAAUCGAUCGUAUUGUUUGCCUUUCUAGAAAGUCGAUUCCCAUAUCGAAUUACUUUAACUUAUACUCAACAAACGAGAAGCUGGUGAAUAAUCUAGUAUCUCGUUAUGAAGAAAAGCUAAUUGAAGAUUUCUAUUCAUUCUUUGAAGAGCCUUGGGCAAUGGCUCUAUUUCAUGACCGGUUUAAUGACUUCAAAGAAGAAAUCCACGAACUCUGUUGUAAAGCAAAAGAAGAAGGUCAGGAGACUCUCAUCGAUUUUGUUCGAAGUUUCAUUGAUCCAUCUAAAAAGGAGGUGCCAGAGGAAACGCUUGAGAGAAUACACCUCGAGCAUUUGCGCAGGAGUCACAAAGUUGAAAUUGAAAAGAGGACAAUCGAUUUCAUUGCUAACAACUACGAUCUCUUGCCCAUGUAUGCCAAACCCGAUAUGAUUAAGCAAGUCAACUAA